AUGGAUAUUCUCCCCGUCCUGCUCGCCUUGCUGUGGACCGGGGCAGGAGCCCUGAUCAACCUGAAGUACUCGGUGGAGGAGGAGCAGCGCGCCGGCACGGUGAUCGCGAACAUCGGCAAGGACGCCCGGGAGGCUGGCUUCGUGCUGGACCCCCGCCAGCCCGCCGCCUUCCGGGUGGUCUCCAACUCGGCCCCGCACCUGGUGGACAUCAACCCGGGCUCGGGCUUGCUGGUGACCAAGCAGAAGAUCGACCGGGACUUGCUGUGCCGCCAGAGCCCCAAGUGCGUGAUCUCGCUGGAGGUGAUGUCCGGCUCCAUGGAGAUCUGCGUGAUCAAACUGGAGAUCAAGGACCUGAACGACAACGCGCCCAGCUUCCCCACCGACCAGAUCGAGCUGGAGAUCUCGGAGACGGCCAGCCCGGGCACGCGGGUGCCGCUGGAGAGCGCCUACGACCCGGACUCGGGCAGCUUCGGCGUGCAGAGCUACGAGCUCACCCCCAACGACCUCUUCGGGCUGGAGACCAAGACGCGCGGCGACGGCUCCCGCUUCGCCGAGCUGGUGGUGGAGCGCAGCCUGGACCGCGAGACGCAGUCCCACUACAGCUACCUGCUCACGGCGCUGGACGGCGGCGACCCGCCCAACUUCGGCACGGUGGAGCUCAGCAUCCGGGUCAUUGACUCCAACGACAACAACCCGCUCUUCGAGGAGCCGGCCUACGCCGUCAGCGUGCCCGAGAACGCGCCGCCCGGCACGCCCCUGCUCCGCCUCAACGCCUCAGACCCCGACGAGGGCACCAACGGGCAGGUGCUCUACUCCUUCCACAGCUACGUGUCCGAGCGGGCCCGCCAGCUCUUCCACCUUGACCCGCAGAGCGGCCUGCUCAGCGUCAGCGGCGCCGUGGACUACGAGGAGGGCCACAGCUACGAGCUGGACGUGCAGGCCAAGGACCUGGGGCCCAACUCCAUCCCGGCCCACUGCAAGGUGACGGUCAGCGUGCAGGAUGCCAAUGACAACCCACCCCUCAUCAACCUGCUCUCGGUCAACAGCGAACUGGUGGAGGUGAGCGAGAGCGCGCCGCCCGGCUAUGUCAUCGCCCUGGUGCGGGUCUCUGACCGCGACUCCGGGGCCAAUGGGCGGGUGCAGUGCAAGCUGCUGGGCAGUGUGCCCUUCCGCCUGCAGGAAUACGAGAGCUUCUCCACCAUCCUGGUGGACGGGCGGCUGGACCGGGAGCAGAGGGACCAGUACAACCUCACCAUCCAGGCCAGGGACAACGGGGUGCCCUCCCUGCAGGCCACCAAGUCCUUCACCGUCAAGAUCACCGAUGAGAACGACAACCACCCCCACUUCUCCAAGCCCUACUACCAGGUCAUCGUGCAGGAGAACAACACCCCCGGGGCCUACCUCCUGUCCGUCUCCGCCAGGGACCCUGACCUGGGCCUCAAUGGCAGCGUUUCCUAUCAGAUCGUGCCCUCCCAAGUCCGGGAUAUGCCUGUCUUCACCUACGUCUCCAUCAACCCCAACUCUGGGGACAUCUAUGCCUUGAGGUCCUUCAAUCACGAGCAGACCAAGGCCUUCGAGUUCAAGGUCUUGGCCAAAGACGGGGGCAACCCAUCCCUGCAGAGCAAUGCCACCAUCAGAGUGAUCGUCCUGGAUGUCAAUGACAACACCCCUGUGAUAACUGCCCCACCUCUGGUCAAUGGGACUGCAGAAGUGUACAUCCCUAGGAAUGCCGGGGUUGGCUACUUAGUGACAGUGAUCAAGGCAGAUGACUAUGAUGAGGGGGAGAAUGGAAGACUGUCCUAUGAAAUGGCAGAUGGAGAUAGAGGGUUUUUUGAAAUAGAUCAGUUCAAUGGAGAGAUAAGGACCACCAGAGCAUUCGGGGAGAAUGCAAAGACUACUUAUGAGCUGAUUGUGGUGGCGCAUGACCAUGGAAAAACAUCGCUCUCAGCUUCUGCCUUGAUUUUGAUAUACCUAUCUCCAGCUCUCGAUGCCCAGGAAUCCAUAGGAUCUGUUAACUUGUCACUGAUUUUCAUUAUUGCCCUGGGUUCUAUUGCCGCCAUUCUUUUUGUCACCAUGAUCUUUGUUGCAGUCAAGUGUAAAAGGGAUAACAAGGAAAUAAGGACCUACAACUGCAGAAUUGCAGAGUACUCCUAUGGGCAUCAAAAGAAAUCAAGCAAGAAGAAAAAAAUCAGCAAGAAUGAUAUCCGGCUGGUACCACGGGAUGUAGAGGAGACAGAUAAAAUGAAUGUGGUGAGCUGCUCCUCCCUUACUUCAUCUCUCAACUAUUUCGACUAUCAUCAGCAGACCUUGCCACUGGGCUGCCGCAGAUCUGAAAGUACCUUCCUCAAUGUGGAGAAUCAGAACACUAGGAACACAGGCUCCAACCAUGUUUAUCACCACACCUUCACCGGGCAGAGUCCCCAGCAACCAGAUCUGAUCAUCAAUGGAAUGCCAUUGCCAGAGACUGAAAACUACUCUUUUGAUUCCAACUAUGUGAACAGCAGAGCCCAUUUAAUAAAGAGCAGUUCAACUUUCAAGGACUUAGAGGGGAAUAGUCUCAAGGAUAGUGGGCAUGAGGAGAGUGACCAGACUGACAGUGAACAUGAUGUCCAACGGGGCCUGUACUGUGAUACUGCCGUCAACGAUGUGCUGAACACCAGUGUUACUUCCAUGGGGUCUCAGAUGCCUGAACAAGAUCAAACUGAAGGAUUUCAUUGUAGGGAAGAGUGUCGAAUCCUUGGUCACUCAGAUAGAUGCUGGAUGCCCCGGAACUCUGUCCCCAGUCGUGCAAAAUCCCCCGAGCAUGGAAGGAAUGUCAUGGCACUCUCUAUAGAAGCUACCACUGUGGAUACAGAGCCUUAUGAAGACUGUAGUACAAAAAGAACUUUUGCAACGUUUGGCAAAGAUGGGAGUGAACCCCUCGCCGACGAGCGUAUCGUCAACCUGAAAGGCAAAAGAACAGUGGAUCUGCCCAUCUGCAGCCCAAAGGUAAAUGGCGCAGUCCGUGAAGCGGGGAAUGGCUGCGAAGCUGUGAGCCCCAUCACGUCACCCCUUCAUUUGAAGAGCCCCCUGUCUAGCAAACCUUCAGUAUCAUACAACAUAAUGCACUGCCCGGUAAAUCGCGACCUGGAGCAAUUUGUAAACAAUGGCCCUUCUCGGCCCACCGAAGCAGAGCCUAGAGGGGCAGACAGUGAAAAUAUAAUGCAUGAAAUUAACCCACUUCUGCAAGAAUGUAGAGAAAAAGACUCACCAGGAGUGAAGAGACUAAAAGACAUAGUACUCUAA